AUGUCGAUUGGUCAAAUUACAACAGCCAAACCCACACCAACCUGGGAUGGCCCCUUAGAUGGUAACAACCCACUAAACUGGUCAAAUAGUUGGAAAUGGAUCAAUGUUCUUCUAGUAUCCGUACAGGGAACAUUGUCUCCGAUCUUUUCUACGGUCCUAGCAUUAGGAUCAGAGGAUGUCGCCUUGGCGUUUGGUCUCCAUGAUCCAUACACACCCGCCCUCCCCAUCGCUCUAUAUGUUCUUGGCUUGGGUAUAGGGCCUCUAUUCCUGGCACCACUUUCCGAGUUACAUGGCAGACGCAUUGUAUAUUUAUCAUGCUUUACAAUCUUCACGGUUCUCAAUGUCGGCUGUGCCCUCGCACCUAACAUUGCUGCCUUGUCUACACUUCGUUUACUCUCGGGAAUGGCCGGAUCUGCUGGCCCGAGCCUGGGAGGAAGUAGCAUCAGUGAUAUGUUCUCUCGAGAACAUCGAGUUCUCGCAUAUCUAGGUGCUGGUACUGGAUCAAUUCUAGGCACCAUAAUUUGUGCCAAAUUUCUCAACCGCUCAUAUCGCUACGCAGCUGCUCGCCACGAGGAGAGAACAGGCACCGCAGCUUCAAUGCCCGAGUUUCGGUUGCCAUUCUUACAAGUUGGCAUGAUGAUUGUCCCAAUUGGAUUGGUAAUCUUUGGUUGGAGCGCGGAGAAAGAGACACAUUGGGUGGUACCGUUACUAGGGGCGUGCAUAUUUGGACUGGGUAUGCUGAUGGGAUAUGUAUGCAUUCAAAAGUAUCUUGUGGAUGCCUUUGAAGAAUACGCCGCAAGUGCACUUGCAGCUGCAAUUGUGACUCGAUGCGUUAUUUCCUGCGUGUUCACAGUUGUUGGGUUCCAACUCUACCGGAGAUUAGGCUAUGCCUGGGGGACUAUGCUUCUAGCCUUCAUUUGCAUUGCGAUGACCCCCAUACCAUUUGUGCUACAACACUAUGGUCCACAACUUCGCUCCAAAAAGUUUGAUUUCUGA